UUACUGGCAGUAAAAGGAGGAAAAGGCAAAUUUCAUCUCAUCUGGUUCAUCUGUUUAUGUACAGUAGGCGUAAUAAUAAUAUUCAGUGUUGAGGGGCGCGCCCCACCUUCACGAGCCUCUCUCUCUCUCUCAUUGGUACCACUAUUAUUGUAGUCCCCAAUAGCAUCAGUUUUUCUCUCUCCCCAAAACACCACACACUCUUCUCUUUUUCUCUCUCCAUAUGUGAAAAACCAAGCACCUCUUCUCCAAUCCUCGAUUCUUCUUCUUCACCACUUGUUUUGAGUUAGCCCAGAGAAAUCUCUUGGCCGGCGCGGCGGAAUAAAGAGGUGAGGAUGAAGCGGGAGCCUAUGAAUCAAGAGAAUUUCUCGAGCAGCGGCAGCUGCAGCUCCUCCACCAAACCUAAGAUGUGGUCGUGCGACGCUGAUGACGAACUCUUCGCCGUUCUGGGCUACAAGGUCAAGUCUUCCGACAUGGCGGAGGUGGCGCAAAAGAUCGAACAGUUGGAGCAAGUGAUGGGCAGCGUUCAACAAGACGGUCUCUCGCAGCUGGCCUCCGAUACCACGCACUACAACCCUUCCGAUCUCUCCUCCUGGCUCCAGUCCAUGAUUUCCGGCCUCAAUCCCAUGCCCGAUUUCGAUUCCUUCCUCGAUUCCUCCACCAUAGAUAACUCCAGCGUCAACCAAAUGGUGGUCGACUCCGAUCUCACCGCCAUCCCGGGACAAGCAGUCUACCCUAGGACCAAACCCCCACAUCAGACGCAGACGCAGACGCAGCCGCUGCCCAAGAAAUUGAAACUUUCGCCGCCGACCGAGUCGGUUGUCCUGGUUGACUCGCAGGAGAACGGCAUCAGACUGGUUCAUUCCUUGAUGGCCUGCGCGGAGGCCGUACAGCAAGAGAAUUUCAAAUUGGCUGAAGCUCUUGUGAAAAAUAUCGGAUUUUUAGCUGUAUCGCAGCCAGGGGCGAUGCGAAAAGUGGCUACCUAUUUCGCCGAAGCCCUGGCCAGGAGAAUUUACAGAUUGUAUCCCAUAAAUCAGCUCGACUCUGCCUUCACCGAUUUGUUGCAAAUGCACUUCUACGAGACCUGCCCCUAUCUCAAAUUCGCACAUUUCACUGCAAAUCAAGCAAUUCUGGAAGCAUUCGCCGGUAAACAUCGAGUCCACGUCAUUGACUUCAGCAUCAAACAGGGGAUGCAGUGGCCGCCCCUUCUCCAAGCCUUGGCCUUGAGGCCCGGCGGCCCUCCUAGAUUCCGCUUGACUGCGGUUGGGCCGCCGUCACAGGAUAACACGGACCAUUUGCAAGAAGUGGGACGGAAGUUGGCACAGUUAGCCAAAACCAUCGAUGUGGAGUUUGAGUACAGAGGGUUGGUGGCGAAUUCGUUGGCGGAUCUGAGUGCGGCGUUGCUGGACACAAGGGAAGGGGAAACGGUGGCCGUGAAUUCGAUCUUCGAGCUGCAUCCAUUGCUGGCGAAGGCGGGGGCUAUCGAGAAGGUGCUGCAAGUAGUGAGAGAAUUGAAGCCGGCAAUCAUGACGGUGGUGGAGCAGGAGGCUAAUCACAACGGGAGUGUUUUCUCGGAACGGUUCACGGAGGCGCUGCAUUACUACUCGACCCUUUUCGAUUCGUUGGAGAGCUGCGGCGGCGACGGGGCGGUGAGCGAUCAAGACAAAGUGAUGAGCGAGAUAUACUUGGGGAGGCAGAUAUGCAAUGUGGUGGCGUGCGAGGGUGCGGAGCGCGUGGAGCGGCAUGAGACGUUGUGUCAGUGGCGACGGCGGUUGGGAGCGGCGGGGUUGGAGGCGCUGCACCUCGGCUCCAAUGCGUACAAGCAGGCGAGUAUGUUGCUCGCCUUGUUUGCUGGUGGCGAUGGCUAUAGGGUGGAUGAGAAGCAUGGUUGUUUGAUGCUCGGAUGGCAUACCAGGCCGCUCUUUGCUACCUCUGCCUGGAGACUCGCUUGACCAUUCAUUCUCUCACUUGCUCUUUUUCUUUUUUUCAUCUCCAUGUGCUUCUCUUCAAAGAUACAUCAUUGUUGUUCAUUCUUCUUUUGCUUUCUACUCUGUUUUUAGCUUUACUGGAAUUGAAAAGAAAAGAUGAUGCUGCUGUAGCUGUAAUAAUAAUAAGAAAUCACAUUUUCUGCACCCUAA